AUGGAAACAGCAUUUAGAAGUUUGGUUGUUGGUGCUUUGACCAAAGGCUUAAAUGGUACAGAGCAGAAUGAACAAGUAACCGACAAUGAGGCUGAACUAGCUGAGUAUAGAGGAAUUUCUUCUUUUACUAGGCAUAACCCUCCAAAAUUUGAGGGAAAGUUUGAUCUUGAGGAAGCUCAGAGGUGGAUAGCAGAUGUGGAGAAAAUUUUUCAUGUUAUAAAAUGUACAGAGGAGCAUAAGGUAACUUAUGCUACUUAUAUGCAGAAUGGAGAAGCUGAGGACAGAUACUGGCCUCACUAUCAACAUGAUGAUGGAGAGGCAGAUCUAUGUGCUCAAUUUGAGCAUGGGCUGAGGCCAUAUAUUCGAGCUGCCAUUAGUGUAUUCCAACUGACAAAUUUACCCACUCUAGUGAGUAAAUGCAGAAUAUUUGAAGCCAAUACUAAGGGUAAGACGGUAGAUACCAUAAUUGGUGGUCCUGUGAGAAGGCCACUAAAAUCUUUCAAUUGUAGUGGAUCUCAUAUUAAAAGAAAUUGUCCUCAACUUCCAUUAACAUGUGACAUUUGUGGGAAAAUGGGACACUCUGCAAGUGUCUGUUGGUCUGCUCUACAAAAGAGCAGAAACAUGAGUGUUGUACAAAGACCUGAAUCUAGAACAAGCACUGGAACAAAGCCAAAUGUGGAAGGCAAAGUUUUUGCUAUGAGUGGAGUUGAGGCUUCAAAAUCAGAUGAGCUUAUUAGAGGUAAAUGUAUCAUAAAAGACUAA